GAGACAAGAACUAGAUGUUUUGAAUAUUCUGAGCCUAAAAUCCUUAAAAUAUUUGUUACAGAUGUGACAGCUGAGGCAGUAGGUGUAGCUAUUGCUGCACCUCCAUCAGAAGGGGAGGCAAAUGCAGAGCUGUGUCGCUACCUUUCUAAGGUGCUAGAAGUGAAGAAGAGUGAAGUUAUUUUAGAGAAGGGUGGUAAAUCACGUGAAAAAGUGGUGAAGAUUUUGGUAUCGAUGACGCCAGAUGAGAUUUUGGAAAAACUCAAGCAAGAAGCUUCCAGUUGA